UUUUUUCUCCUGCAUUUUCUGCUAUAAUUUGCUACUAUUUGUUUCUAGGUCAUGUUUGUUCUAGUUUUGUCGCUUGCUGUAGUGCGCGAUUUACUCUGCUCUAAUUGCUUCGCCGACUGUUCUUUCUUCGAGGAUUGGAUUAUAUCAAUGUUUUCUUUUAAGAUUGAGUGAUUUCACAAGGUUUUUCCGAUGUUAUCUAUGUAAUCGUUCUUUAAGGUUCAUAAAAAUGUUAUUUCAAGCUCAAACCUCAAAAGAAGAACACCCAGUUGCUGAGCUACCAAGUAGCAAUAACAAUGGCGACCUUGACGGUGGUGGUGUUCGUGUUUCUUGCUUCAGUGAAGCCAUAAACGAUGUCCCCGUCCAUUUUCAGAUAAUCUCUCUCUCUAAACAGAUAUAUGUAUGGAUUGGUUGCAGUUCUGCAAAAUUUGGAAAUUUAUACGCAGCUGCCCCCACACGACCUAACAAUACAGUGAGUGUCACUUCCAUACUCGGAGGUUCAUCUGAUGAUAAUACAGGAGCUAGCAUGGCUCGUCGAUUAGUGUUAAAGACGGGUUUAAAUAUCAUCUUGGCUAGCAAUAUCCCGAAAAACAGCCCUAUGAUCGAGGUAGCGGCUGAAAAGAUGUUAGUGCAAAAGCUGGCCAGUUUAGGGUUCAUUAGACCAAAAUCUGAAGGGAAGGGCCAUCUAGAUAAUGGCUUCAUUCGUUCAGAGUCGGUCGAGGAAGACAAUUAGAGUUUUAAGUUAUUAAGUUUUCAAUCUUUCAAGCUUGAACUUCAAGCUUGAAUCAUGACUUUGGAGGUGGACAACCGAACAUACGAAACGUUUACGAUCAAGGUACUCGAUGGGGUUUCUUUUACUUUGUCUUCUUCAAUGUUGACUAAGCCCUUUCUUUGUAGAGCCGAUGUUUCGUUAUAAGAUAAUAUAAAUCGAUAGCUAUUUUCUAUUUUUUA